CAUCCAGAGGCUGCCCUGGAUCCGACUGUAUAAAUGUGAGGGAGGCAGGGGCAGGAAAGCCUGGCUGUCCCCGCUUGUCCCGUGCAAGGCAGUACGGAAGGAGGUGCGGGGCACCUGAGUGAACAGGGUCUGUCUUCACCCCAAGUGGUCAUGAGAGGCGCCGUGCAAGUCUUGCUCAUGCUCCUCCUCGCAACUGUGUCUGACUGUGCGGUGAUCACAGGGGCCUGUGAGCGAGAUGUUCAGUGUGGAGCUGGUACCUGCUGUGCCAUCAGCCUGUGGCUGCGGGGGCUGCGGUUGUGCACCCCGCUGGGACGGGAAGGAGAAGAGUGCCACCCAGGAAGCCACAAGAUCCCCUUCUCUAAGAAACGCCAGUACCACACCUGUCCCUGCUCAGCCAGCCUGCUGUGCUCCAGGUUCCCGGACGGCAGGUACCGCUGCUCUCGGGACCUGAAGAACGUCAACCUUUAGUUUGUCUGGACACAGGAGCCCGCCUGGGCGACUGCUCCUGCACCGCAUCUGUGUGAUUUAGUUUCCUGCAACCUCUCCAUGCCCCAUGCUGCCCAGGCAUGCGCAGAUGGGCACGCCUUCCACUGCAGAACAGCCCACCACCCCACCACGGUGCACAGACGAGGCUGCGGCUUUGAGAAGCAGGCCAGCCUGGCCUUCUCUGCUCGGACUGCCUGAGUUGGUGUCCCCAGUGGUCUGCCCCUUCCCGCAUGUGCCCUUUCUGAGCACUGGCCCUGUGUGCAUCACUGCGUCACAGGUCCUGUCAGGCAGAGGAUCAACUUUCCUUUCAUCAUUCUCUUAUUGACUGGCUCCUUAUUUUAGAGCCAUAGGUCCAAAGUCAGCUCUCGUCAGGGCACCAUUCUAAAGCAAGGGGGGGGUUCAGGGUCUCUUUUGAGUUGGGGGUGAGAGGCAGCUCAGAGGGCGUGUGUGUGUGUGUGUGUGUGUGUGUGUGUGUACGUGUGCCUGUGGUCUGCUGGAAAGGGCUGGAAAUGGGCAGAAACUCUAUGGAGGAGAUUUAGCAUGGGCCCACUGCAACUCUCAAAGUUGAAAUUUCAGUCCCUUUGGGUUUAUGUCAGAUCUUUGACCCAGCAGGCGGUGUGUACCGAAUGAUGGGUAACUUGCAUCAGUGAGGGAGCUGGCGAGGCCCAGAGCCUGACCCCAGGCCCAGGAACUUUGUCUACACACAGGUUGCUGGUUCAGCUGACUCUUCCCACCUCAGUUCUUAUUCCAGAGACAGGGUGUCCAACAACUCUGUGACAAAUGUUGCCGUCUAAAAAAUUCAGAGCAGUCAAGCUGCAACAAUGUCUCCUUUGAACUACAGUUUUGUCUUGGGCCACAUUUGUAAAGCAAACAAUGAAAAGCCUGCAAAAUGUGAAGGGUUGGUGUGUCCCGCCACUCUAGUUCUCAGGAGCCUCAAGGACAGUUCACUGAGGUUUCCAAGUCCCCGGGUUCCUGUCCUCUACCGCUCCGGAGCCCUCUUCUCAGUCCUUAAUCCAGGACCUGCCAGCUUGGGCCUUGGCCAGCACAGGGACCUUUCUGUGCUUUCGUCCCUUUAGACAGACACUGUCACCUGCUCUGCUGGCAUGCACAGCCCUUCCCAGCAUGCAGACCACAAGCUUUUCCUCUCAGGCUCCAGGUCCAGGUCCUGGAUGUAAAGCCAUGGGUCCAUGUCCACGGGCCCAUGAGCCUCCUUUUCUCACCCAUCUCCAGGUUCCACCGACUGCCCUUGGGUCCUGACCUCCUGACUGUGUCCCUCUCAGUUCACAAAGCAACACUGAGUACCGUGGACUCGAUGCCCCAGAGACAAGACACUAGGGUGCCCAGUGGUGCCCUCCAGCACACUGUCAUGUUACCUGUCCACCCCAGCCUCAAGACAGGCCACCUGCAGACCCAUAGGGUGAGCCAACAAUUUAAAGUGCCUGCACGCAUUUUUAUUUUUAAUGUCAUAAUUUUGAGGAAUGUGAAACGAGUCUUUGCCUCAGACUCUGCUGCUGCAGAAGAUGGAAAGACAAACGGUGGAGAGGUCAGGAGGCUUAAAAAAAUGAAUUCAUGAGUAAUCUUUAUUUUCAGGAAUAUACUCUUCAGAAAAAUGAUUAAAAAAACUACCUAUACAAGAAUAUAUUCUGUAAGAAUAUGUUCUGGAAGACUAAGUUCAGGUGAAACGGACACAUACCCUUUCAAGAACCAUCCACAUCUUUAGUGAAGGUUCUUAGGCAACCCCCAAAAUUAUUUUGUCCUCAACUGUUGGUGUCGGGCGCCCUCUCGUGGCAAAAGUGGAAGUAGCAAGGAAUAUGAAGGCACAAAGAGGACUGUGUGCUUCUAGAAGGUAGAAGUGGGAGUUCUUUGGACAAAUACUGGUUUAUACUCCAUUGGAGAUCCAGAACAGUGCUUGUAAAGAAGCCUGCCUCAGGAAGGACCACAAGAACAAUGCUUUAUUAACACUCGGACCCUGCCCCACCUUAGAAGUGGCCUUGGGAGCCGCUGUCCCCUUCCUGUUGAGUUUAGGCUAGGUGCUGCAAUUUCCCUGCUCACAGAUUCUCUAGAAUGAGAUGCCGGUAAGUUCUCCCUCCCCCUGACUGUGAAGGCCCAGGAUGUAGCAGGCCCUGCAGAGCCGCUUUUGAUGCUUCAUCACUUGUACUCCUCGUCUCUGUUGCUUACUUGAGCUACUGUCUCCAUCAUCUCCACAAGUCUCUAGGUAGCCAGGGCCUAGAGAUCCCCUCACGCUCCCAGACACAGAAUGGCAAAAGCCAGAUCAGAGACUGUGCUGCCAGAGCCUCCUCUGUCUGUUGUUCAGUUUUGAAUUCCCCUCAGUGGGGCAUCCUGAGAAAGGUCCAGGCAAACACGGGUUCGCUACUGUUCUAUCCUAUUAUUACCCGGUGAUAAAAGGGGUUCCUGAAGGCAAUGACUGGAGGUGAGACCUAAGGAGGAGCAAGAGAAACUAAAACUGAAGAGAAAGACCACAGAGGAAGAAAGGCUGCAGGGCAGGACACAGAUUCAGAGCCAAGCUUGUAGAGUGAACCAUAUCAUUGACCCAAGUCAGCUCUCAGACCAGUGGAACCUUCAACAUCGAGGCUUUGUUUGGAGUCUAUAUCUAUAUGUAUAUAAUCAGCUGGGUGGUGAUGACACACGCCAUUAAUCCCAGCACUGAGGAGGCAGAGGCAGAGGAAUCCUGUCUCAACACCCCCCCAUUACUCCCACUACCUCCCCAAAAAAUCA